AUGGAGGGCCCAAUUCCAACUGCCAUAUGGAAUAUGUCGUCCUUAGAGCAUCUACGUCUCUCAGGUACCGGAAUUAAAGGUGAGAUUCCAUCUGUUAUAAGGAAUAUGAUGUCCUUGCAAAUUCUUGAUCUAUCAUAUACAAACAUUGAAGGUGAGAUCCCAUCUAUUAUAGGGAAUGUAUCGUCCUUGAAGAUUCUUAAUCUCCGUGAUACCAAUAUUGAAGGAAUUGUUCUUCUCCUAGAUUUGGCGGAAAAUCAUCUGGAAGGUAAAAUUUCAACAGAGUGGGGAGACCGGGAGGACCUUCAUACAUUGAAACUGAGUGGUAGUUAUUUCACAGGCGUUAUUCCGUCUUCCAUUUCAAAAUGUCAGACUUUGCAAGUACUGGAUUUGGGAAACUAUAAUUUGGAAGGCACCAUCCCACAGUGGAUUGGAAAGCUAUCACAACUGCAUGUGUUGGUGUUGAGGUCCAAUCAUUUUCAUGGCAGUAUCCCACGCCAGACAGGUACAUGGUCUUUGAAUACAGAAACUGAUCAUCUGAAGACGGGAAGAUAUGAAUCUGCAGAAAUAUGCUCCAAACUAAGUAACUGCAAAGAUGACCUUUGCGGAGUCAGUUGUAUAGUCGGCAGAGGCCGUGUUUCUGGACUGGAUUUGAGUGGAUACAAUUUGAAAGGUAACAUUUCCCUUUCUCUAUUCGAAAAUCUCACUAGACUUGACAAUCUGUAUCUUUCUUACAAUCAAUUAACUGUGAGCGUUGAUUCAACAUGGAUUCCACAGUUUCAGAUUAUCUCUUUGGGACUAGCUUCCUGCAAUUUAGAUAGAAUUCCAUUGUUUCUGGUGAACCAAUUUGAAUUGUAUCGUCUGGAUCUAUCCACUAACAGCAUCACAACAGAUAUUCCAUCUUGGAUAUGGGACAUACCUAGUCUUUAUUAUUUGAACCUUAGUAGUAACCAAUUAACAGGAUCCUUGCCGUCUAGACUAAAAGUCGAAAGUCUUCAAUGGGUGGAUUUGCACAAUAACAGCUUAGAAGGUCCUCUUCGUUUUCCUCCUGAUGCUCAUGUGUUGGACCUGUCGAUGAAUCGGUUCAAUGGUUCUAUUCCUACUGAUAUUGGUGCACAUCUUCAAGAUACAGAUUUCUUAUCCUUGUCGAGCAACAAUCUUAGCGGAGCCAUUCCAGAUUCUAUAUGCCAAUUCUAUUUGCAAGUUCUCGACCUUUCAAAUAAUAGGCUAAGCAGUGCGAUUCCUCCUCAUUUAACCAGCAAUUGCACUAAUCUCUAUGUUCUAGAUUUGUCAAAAAAUCACCUGGAAGGUAAAUUGCCUGCAGGAUGGGAAAACCUGGGAGACAUUCAGACAUUGAAUCUCAAUGGUAACCAUUUUAGAGGAGUAAUUCCGUCUUCCCUUUCACAAUGCGGAACUCUGAAAGUAUUGGAUUUGGGAAAUAAUAAUUUGGAAGGCAACAUCCCGCAGUGGAUUGGAAGUCUAUCACUACUGCGCGUCUUGAUGUUGAGGUCCAAUAAAUUUCAAGGUACUAUUCCACCCCAGGUAACAGACCUCCCAUAUCUUCAAAUUCUGGAUCUUUCAGGCAACCAUCUUUCAGGACCUAUUCCAAGCAACCUUACAAACUUGCUUGCAAUGGCCAAUGCAUCACAGAGUAAUCCAAGCCAUCUCGAGGAAAGCAUUGCAUAUGGUACAGUAUAUAUAAAUCAGAUUACAGUUUCCUGGAAAGGUGGGGAUGCUGAGUUUGCGAAAAUUCUUUUCAUUCUUAAAUGUAUUGAUCUUUCAAACAACAAUUUAUCAGGGAGCAUUCCUCUCGAAUUGGGAUCUCUUCAAGGCCUGAUAACCCUUAACCUUUCAAGGAAUCAUCUCAGUGGCCGAAUCCCAAAAACAUUGGGCACAUGGAUCAGCUAG